GCCCCUUGACGGCCUCCUAGGCUCUAUGGGGGAGUGGGCGGGGCCUAUCGACUCUCUCGACGCUCCUCGGCCUGGAGAGUCGAUGGGAUCGAUGCUCGGGGUCGCACAGCUGCGGAGUGGCCGCCGCCGUACCCCUCUCGUUCCCUGCAGUCCUGGUGACGCUUCUGCCCGCUCCCGGGAGCUGCCCGGCGCUCCCCGGGACACGCAGGGGCAAAUCCUUUAUUCUCUUGGGAAAGCGGAAGCGCGCUUCCUGAGUGAGGAAUAUGCCUCCCAAAUUCAAGCGCCACCUGAAUGAUGACGAUGUCACUGGAUCUGUGAAAAGUGAAAGGAGAAAUCUCCUAGAAGAUGAUUCAGAUGAAGAAGAGGAUUUUUUCCUAAGGGGGCCUUCUGGACCAAGAUUUGGACCUAGAAAUGAUAAAAUUAAGCAUGUUCAGAAUCAGGUGGAUGAAGUUAUCGAUGUCAUGCAAGAAAAUAUCACCAAGGUAAUUGAAAGAGGAGAGAGACUAGAUGAACUACAGGACAAAUCAGAAAGCUUGUCGGAUAACGCAACUGCUUUUAGCAACAGAUCCAAACAACUCCGAAGGCAGAUGUGGUGGCGGGGAUGCAAGAUAAAAGCCAUCAUGGCUCUCAUUGGUAUGACCAUUUUGAUAGUGAUUAUCGUUCUUAUAUUUGUGAAAUACAACGCCUAACUUAAUGCCCAUUGACUCUGGGACAGUAAGAGAAGAUGACUGUAUAAUUGAAAUGAAAUUUGUGUACAUACCUUUGAAACCUUUCUUUCCCAAGGAAGUGCGAGGCAAGCUUCACUUCAGAUUGGAAGACUGUGAAUGUCCCCUUCUCUUCUCUUCCCCACCACUCCCCUCCCUUUCCUUUUAACAAAAUGUGCUUGGAAUAACUUUGGAAGCAGCUAAACCAACUUCUCUUUUGCCAUAUUCCAAGCAUCUGAUUUGAAACUAGACACUUGCCAAUGCAUUCUUUAUGUAUAUAGUUCAACACUGAUAAUGAGAUUUCAUACUGUGAUUUUAAUGGCAUAAGGACUUGCAUUAUUGCUUUGGGGUGGAGCACAGCAGCUGAGGGAUGUCAGAUCAUUCCGCUAAAGGAGAGGCAUAAUUAUCUUGGCAAUACUUGCAAGGUUCUUCUCCCAUUAUAAUUGCUUUGCAAUUUCCACAUAUUUAUGGGUGUUACAAAAAACUAAAAUAAACUAAGUGUUAUUAAUGUCACUACCUUCAGCUCUAACAAAAAACAUUCCAGUAAACCUAUUUUUGACUGUAUACAAGAA